AUGAUAGCAGAUCUGUUUCGAAGAUCGACUCAGAUGGCCACGGCAAUAGCCAUCAAAAACCGGGCAUGGAGUCCAAUAGACUACAUGGAAUUCCUGAAAGCUGUGAGUCAAAGGCCAGCGAAACUGCACGCAGACACUAUAGCAGCCAUUCAGGGCCCAUUGAGAAACAUACAAGACCCGAUAAUCCGGACCCUGUGCGUUGAUUCUGUUGAAAAAAUGGGCUCACUUAAUGUUGAAGCUCUCAAAACAUCUUACCUGAAAAGUGGCGAUCUGGAAGCAAUAGCAGACCUUUUGCCGCCGCUCGGUAAAAUGCAAAUAUCCGAUCUGGAGAGCCUCGUACUUCUUAACGCACAUGCCGAGCUCUGUGAUGCAAUAACAGCAGGGGUUCCGGCUAAUGACAAUCUCUGGUGCCAGGCAUUCAAUUGGGCAGUUGAAAACGAUUACAACCGCGCUAUAAAACUAUGGAAACUUAGACCACCUUCGUCGAAACUAUCCCAAUCGCUUGCCUACGAUUUUAUGGCCCAAGCAGGACGACACCGAGAUCCAGCGACUGUGAAACAGGUUGCAGAAGCUUUUGAUUUGCCGGUGACGCGUAUUGCAGCUGCGGCCGUCCUAAACAGCGUUUCAAAAAGCUCCCUGGAUGUGGUAUUGGCCGCCCUCCACGAGCUCGAGGGGUUGGCGACUCCCCAUGAUGCUGAACACGCCGGCGAAGUGCUUGCUGAACACGCCCGCCAAGUUCUACAAUUAGAACUCGGGCCAUUGGCUACCGACUCACUACUGAAUGGGCUGUACAGACGAAACAGCUCCCAGACAGUGUUCCAUGUUUACAGGCUACUUAGGAACUGGGGAUUUAUUCCAACCCAAGACACGUUUCAGAUUCUAGCAAAUGCCGCAUACCGCAUGGGUAACUCGAAAAUUACCAGCUAUCAUAUAUGGAAGGAGGCUGAAUCCUUUAACAGCCUCACACGCAAACUGUCUGAAACUGUUCUAUUCUGCCAACUUAUUGGUCCAUCGUAUCGCACAGUCUUGUUUUAUUUGCAUGAAAUGAAAACACAAAAUAUUUAUUUACGGUCGCACGUUCAACGUCGACUAUACAAAAAGUUUGAGUCGAUCAAAGACGGUAGCUUGGUUGCCAUAUUCAACGAUAUCAGGUCUCUAGACAGGUAUGCUCAGUUCGAUAUGGAUCUAGCCAUCGAAGAAUCGAAACCGUAUGACCGACAGGCUAUACGCAAUGCACAGGUAUAUCUUGAAGGACAGAGGCCUGCCGAAGACCCUCUCGAAGUUCUUGAAUCCAUGCUGGCUUUUGAUCGCUCAGCCACGCAGCGCUCGUAG